AUGAUUAGUGGGGUGCUGAUAUACUCGUCGAGAGGUGAGCUUGUUUUGAACAAGUUCUUCAAGAACUCGUUGAAGCGGUCUAUAUCCGAUAUCUUCCGAGUGCAAGUUAUUAACAACCUGGAUGUCAGAUCGCCUGUGCUGACGUUGGGAUCUACGACUUUCCAUCACAUCCGGUCGAGACAUGGUGACAAUUUAUGGUUAGUAACAAUUACGAGAAGCAACGCCAACAGUGCGGCGAUCUGGGAGUUUUUAUACAAGCUUGAUUUCGUAAUGAAUGCAUAUCGACUGGAUAGAGAGGAGGCCUUGAAAGAAGAAUUCAUGAUCGUGCAUGAGAUGCUGGAUAUAAUGCUGGGAGGGAAUGGGAUACCCAUUGACACUGAAUUGAAUUCUGUAAUAGCACAGAUGUCUGUGAAACCCGUGAGAAACACGGGCGGGUUAUUGGAUAGUCCCGAUGGAAAUGAUAUGUUGUCUUCCUCAUCUUCUCCCAGUUCUGUCAGUGGAGAAUUGCAUUUUCCCAAAUUUUUGAAGAAAAGCAGCAGUAGUUUCCUAGGUCAAGGAGAUUCGGCUUCUGAUUUCUACGAUGGCAAUAAGAUCACUUGGAGGCCCAAAGGGAUAACGCACAAGAAGGACGAAGUGUUUCUGUAUGUCAAUGAGAGGAUGAAUAUUCUGGUUUCUAGAGAUGGCUCUAUCUUGAAGUCUUAUGUCGAUGGGACCAUAGACAUUACGACACAUCUGAGCGGGACUCCAAUUUGCAGAUUCGGACUGAAUGAUUCUUUAGGGAUGCAAUCCGAGGACGAGAAGAAAUGGUUAGCGCAGCAGCAGCAUCAUUCCCGUGGCAAUUUUGAAAGCAAGAACUUUAUUCACAAAGCUGCUGCUGGCAGUGUUUUAUUAGAGGAUUGUAAAUUCCACGAAUGUGUGUCACUUGACAAGUUUAAUAAAAACCAUACUAUUGAGUUCGUCCCACCAGAUGGUUCGAUGGAAUUAAUGAAAUAUCAUGUACGGGACAACAUAAACCUGCCGUUCAAGAUCACACCUAUUGUUACACAUUCCACAAGAGAUAAUGAGAUCGAUUACAGGAUAACAUUGAAGUCGUUAUUCCCGGGGAAGCUUUCCGCCAAGGAUGUAACAUUACAUAUACCUGUUCCACCAAGCACUGUAGAUUGUAAAAUAAGUGUUUCUAAUGGUCAUUGUAAGUUCGUGCCCGAGGAGAACGCAAUGAUGUGGAGAUUCAACAAGUACAAUGGAUUGACGGAAAACACUUUAAGUGCGGUAACCGUAUCCACAAGUGAUACUACUCAGUUGAAUUUGCAACAAUGGACAAGGCCUCCAAUGUCUCUGGACUUCGAAGUUAUGAUGUUCAGUAACUCAGGAUUGGUCGUGCGGUACUUCACAAUUUUCGGAAAAGACAGCAAACAUCGUGCUGUAAAAUGGAUCAAAUAUAUAUCGAGGUCAGGUUCUUACGAAGUCAGGUAUUAG